GGUUAAAAAGUUGAGAAAAUAUUUUAAACUAGUGUAAUAAAAUGUGUAAGUUGGUAAUGAGUAAUGAUUUAAGUUACUUGAUGCGCUGGCCCGAACAACCCGAAACCCGACCCGCCCGACCCAAAACCCGAUGAACCCGCAACCCGAUUUGCCCGCAACCCGAUUGAAUCCGAACCCGAUGAACCCGCAACCCGUUUGAACCCGAACCCGAUGAACCCGCAACCCAACUAACCCGCAACCCGUUUGAACCCGAACCCGAUUGAACCCAGCCCGAACCCGCCGAACCCGCCGAACCCGCCCGAUUGACACCUAUAGUAGAAACCCCGGCAAAAACCUCUGUAGUUUGACUCGAAGUCAAGACCCCCGAGCUCUUCUUUCUCGUGCUGAAAGGGGGGAAACCAGUAGAACCCUAGAAAUGGCGGUAAUCGGCAUUCCCCAAACGCAAAUCCACAGACUCCCGCAGUACAGAUACGUGGACUCAAUCCGAUGGCUUCCGUCCGUCUCCCCGCUCCAGCAAUCCGCCAUCGUGGCCUUCUUCGACACCGACGCCGACACUCCUUCUCUGGAAGUCCACUCCUUGGACCAAGAAUCGAGAUCCCUCGAUCUCGUCUCAUCGUGGGUUCCUCCCUCCCGCAUUUCCUCGCUGAAAUGUACUCAAGCAUUCGCCGUCGCUUCCACCGUCUCCGGCUCGCUCCACGUCUUCAGCGCCACCGAAGCGCAGGAUCCCUCGCCGGCGUUUCGGUCGGUGGUAUCCGCUGAUGGGAAAGGGUUCCACGUUGGGCGGAUCGCCGGGGUGGAUUUGAUGGGCUGCGGGAGCAACGAGUGCGUCAGCGUUGGGGAGGACGGGAGGGUGAAUUUGGUUAGGGUUUUGGAUGGGAGUUACAGGAAGGUUUUCGACGGGAAUGGUUUGGUUUCGUAUACGGCGGUGAAGUGGGCUUCGCCGACGGAGUUUGUGACCGGCGGGUGUGGGUUUGGGCUGCAGUGGUGGGACCUCCGGCGGCCUGGCUCUGCUGUUGCUCAGUUCAAAGGGAACUUGGGGAAGGGAAGAACUUCUGGGAUCAUACAUUCUAUUGAUGUUCAUCCGUCGAGAAAGCACACCUGUCUGGCUGGAGGUUCUGCUGGAACUGUAUUUGCUUGGGACUUAAGAUAUCAACAUCAACCUAUUAUCCUCUCAGGAACCGGCAAUGAUACUGCGGCUCAGCCAUUAUCUGAGAGUGAGGUUUGGGAGGUUCAGUAUGAGUCAUAUACGAAGUCUUCAAUGAACAAUUUCUCAUCCUCGAAACUCCUGCCUGCCAUGUUCUGCUCUGAAGAUGGAAUCCUUGGAGUCAUUGACCAAGGUGAGGAACCUACCGAGCUUCUUGCGGAACCUUGUGCCAUCAAUAGCUUUGACAUCGAUCGACAAAACCCUUCGGAGGUGAUAUGUAGUUUGGAAUGGGAAUCCAUAGCCAUAGUAUCAAGACCUUAACAUAGCAGAUCCAGAAGACUCAAUUUCAGUUGAGACGAUAGUGCUUUAGCCCUCCCUUUGCAAGUAACCUUCUGCAGUUAGCCGGUGACCGGCAUGGGCUCUCUUCCAGCUGAAGAUUCAUGCUAAGCAUUUCAGUUUCUUCUGUCCAUGAAAUUUUGAGGCUUUCAACACAAAUCCAACCAUUGUUGUAAUGAAGCAGCCCACGUCGACCCAGUGUAAUUUUGAUUGUUUCUCUUGUGAAAGCAGCAAACUUUUCAUCUAAAUUUCGUAAUUUUGGCAAUCCUAUCGGAUUAGAUUUGAAUGUAAUUUACAAAAGAGGAUGGUCCUCAAUCCUCAUACUCUCUCAUGCCUAACUGAGUAGUGAGUACAUCAUUUUGUGCAAAAAUGAUUUCCGGUGAGGACGAUACAACCAGUUAGUUCCAAUAACGGGUAUGUUCAAUU